GUAGAAGCUUGGUGUGCAGGAAUUGUUAAAUCAGCUUCGGAACUGCUCUUUGAUGAAGCUAAAAUUAACAAAAUGCUGCAAGUACGAGAUGAACAUUUUAUUAAGCGUAUGCGUGCGGGUUCGCUCGGCUGCGCAUUUCUGGCCAAAUCAGAUACAGAACUAGCUAGCAGUGAUUCCAGUCAGCUGCGAGUGGACCCACAACAUCGUAUGCGACGUCGCUCAACACGAGCACGACUAUCCGGCGCACAACAGCGUGCAAUUAACUUCGAAUUAUUCACCAAUAAAAGGAUCGUAUGCAGUGCUGAUAUUUGA